AUGUUUUCUUGGGCCAGAAGAUUCCAAUUCCACCUCUCUCUACGGCAUAACACAAGGCCGUUCUGUAACCAAUCACAACGCUCCACAUCGUCAUCAUCGAGCUCCUUUGAUGGGUCCAGAUAUGGUGACAAGAGGGUCGGAGACUUGGAGUCUUUUCUUAGAUCAAUCACUUCUGGUGUUGUUGUUGUUGGCUCCACCUUAGGCUUUUGGUAUUGGUCAUCUUUAUCUUCUCCAGGUGCCAAUUCUCUUCGCUCUUUCGCUGAUUAUGCAAGCCAGGAUCAACUUCAAGAUAACUAUCAAACCAAAUCCAAGUUUUUGUUUAAGGAUGGCUAUAGAAGAAGAGUCUUCUUCAAUUAUGAAAAACGCGUACGCUUGCAGAGCCCCCCUGAAAAAGUCUUCGAAUACUUUGCAUCUGUUCGAACCCCUAGUGGUGAGGUUUUUAUGACGCCAGCAGAUUUGAUGCGUGCCGUUGUUCAUGUCUUUCCUUCUUCUGAAUCAAACCGUGUUAGAGAGGGUUUUCUAAGAGGGGAGCAGAUUCCUGGCCAGUUGCAUUGUGAACCUUCUGAAUUUUUUAUGCUCUUUGACACUAACAAUGAUGGACUCAUUUCUUUUCCAGAGUACAUCUUUUUUGUUACUUUCCUAAGCAUACCGGAGUCCAGCUUUUCAGUGGCUUUUAAAAUGUUUGAUAUUGACAAUAACGGGGAAAUAGACAGGCAAGAAUUCAAGAAAGUGAUGGCCUUGAUGAGGUCCCAAAACAGACAAGGGGCGAACCACAGAGAUGGAAGACGCCUUGGCAUUAAAGCUUCUGUAGAAAAUGGGGGCCUCUUGGAGUAUUUUUUUGGCAAAGAUGGAAUGACUUGCUUACACCAUGAUAGAUUUGUUCAAUUCUUAAGAGAGCUGCAUGAUGAGAUCUUGAGGUUAGAGUUUUCCCAUUAUGAUUACAACAAAAAAGGAACCAUUUCAGCCAAAGAUUUUGCACUGUCCUUGGUUGCAUCAGCAGAUAUCAAUCACAUAAACAGACUGUUGGAUAGAGUCGACAAAUUAAACAGCAACACGGAUCUAACAAACUUAAGAAUUACAUUUGAGGAGUUUCAAGCUUUUGCAGAAUUGCGCAGGAAGUUGCAACCCUUCUCUCAGGCCAUAUUCAGUUAUGGAAAAGUUAAUGGAGUGUUGACAAAAGCUGAUUUUCAGAGAGCAGCAUCUCAAGUAUGUGGUAUCUGUAUUACAGAUAAUGUGUCUGACAUAAUUUUUUAUGUGUUUGAUGCUAACCGUGAUGGAAACUUAAGUGCAAACGAGUUUGUGAGAGUUAUGCAAAGUAGAGAAAACAAUUCAACAUGUUAUGGCAGUUUAAUAUCUUGCUUGUUGAACUGUGCAACUAACUGUUCAUCAGCUAAGCUUCUAUUUUGAUGGAGUACGCUCAAUAUGCAUCCAUCUUCACCCCUCAGAAACUAAAGGUGGGGGAGAUAUGCAUCUUAUUAUUGUAAUGAAUUCAGUUAUAUGCAGCAUCACUAGGGAAACGAGCAGAAGAUUCAUUCCUUAGCAAUGGAGAUUUGCUAUGACACUGUCACACCAUGCAAUGGCUGUUGUCUACUCAGAAAUGUACAGUGUUCAAUUUUGUUGUCUAAUAGCAUUUUUUGGGGGGCUAAGUCUUCAUGUGUUGAUAUUUGUACAUACCCACAUUCUGGAUAUUAUUUCUUGCUUUUCAUGGCUUGGUUUUUAUUUGGCCAUCUU